GCUCCAAGACACUUAUCCUGGGAGAGUAGAUAUUUUCCAAGCUGCCCAUAGACGCCUGUGAAGAAUCAGCCUAGAACUACUACCUUCUUGGAUAAACAGAGCCUCAAGGAGAGAGACAAGAAGCUCCCAGGGGCCUCCUCGGCCAUUGGUGGCUCAUGGGAAUCAGCCUUCUGAUUAUCUGACUGUUCCACUCCACCUACUCUACUUGGGAGAAGAAUACAGAUGUCUUGAUUGGUUUGGGAUGCUUCUUUUCUCCUGCUUCUGGGCUAAGUCCCUUAAAAGAUGACUCAAGUAGCAUUCAAGAGAAUUAGGCAUCUGCGUCAUUAUGUGAGUGGGAGUGUCUCUUUAUGAAUUCAAGACUCCUCUCCACCCCAAAGGGAUUGCCAAAGCUUGCCAAGGCACACCUACCAGUACAAGAAAAGGAGGGAAGAACACUCUGCCUGGCUCUUGAAGCUGUUCUUAAAUGGAGACCGCGAUUUCCAGAGGAACAUUAUAUGCAGGCACCUGACUUUGACUCCAGAACCUAUCCUGAGGCCUCUCAGGAUAGCACUGGGCUGAGGAAGACAGGGUCAGGAAAUGAAAAAUCCCAAGGUGACCAGCCUGACAUUUGGGUUCCUAUGGUGCACUCAGAGCUCCAUCCUUUUGCCUUCUUGUGGACCAAAAAACAAGACCCCAGUAAAUCAACAUCAGAAGCUGGGGGCAGAUACCUGAAAUUGGAAGCUGGAGACUGGCAUCCCCUUGCUGCAAAAAUUCAAUCUAGGUAUAAAGAUCCACUCUUCGGCAUCAAGAAGAUUCGUACAGCCUGCAUUACAAAGAUUCCAGGCAAAGGCAGGCAGAAUGACAAGAUCAUUGUUUCUGUAAGAAGCCAGAAAAAGAAAUUCAAGAUUGUGCCUCUGCAGCUAAUUAGGAGGGAGGCCUUUACCUUAGGGAAUAGGAAAGGUUACCAGGGUAAUGAAGGAAAAAAAAGAGAGAGAGGAAGAGGAAUAAGGCCGUGGAAACUACAUUUGCCUGUUUUCAAGGCUCUGGAAUUUAAGCCUGCAGAACCCCCAGGAAUUCACAGCUAA